AUGUCAUCUUGGGCAACGUUAAGCAACACGAUACAUGGGUUGAAGCCAACCCUAAUAAUGAUUUUGGUGCAGACAAUAUUGUCCCUUGUCAACAUCGGCUACAAAUUGGCUGCAAAUGAUGGGAUGUCCCUCUCCAUCUUGAUCGCCUACAGAUUGAUCUUUGGUGCCGCUUCUAUUUUGCCAAUCGCGAUUGUCGUUGAAAGGAAGAAAAGGCCAAAGCUGACGUGGAAGAUAGUCUUGUACGGAUUUCUCUGCGGUUUACUGGGGGGAUCACUUGGGCAAAAUCUAUACUUGAAAAGUCUUGUUCUGACUUCUGCAACAUUUGCAUCUGCCAUGGCCAACCUCAUUCCAGCCGUUACUUUUAUCAUCGCCGCUAGCUUAAGGAUAGAGAGGGUGGGAUGGAGUACAUCGGCCGGGAAAGCAAAAGUGCUCGGGACUUUAUUAGGAAUAGGUGGGGCAAUGCUCUUCACUUUUUACAAAGGCCCGGAUUUAAACAUAGGCAGUACAGGAAUUAACUUGCUCCAGACAACCUCGACUCGUCACCCAGUAGCAAAUGGGCCAGCCCAUAAUCCACAAGGGGCCCACAAUCUCAUCUUGGGCUUACUUUUAGCCCUGGGUAGUUGUGUUUGCUAUUCUCUCUGGUUGAUCAUUCAGGCAAAGGCGGCCGAGAAAUAUCCGUGCCCUUACUCAUUCACGGCAAUGAUAAACUUGUGGGGUUCGAUUCAGAGCACAGCAUAUGCAUUGGGAACAGAGAGGGAUUGGGCCCAAUGGGCCUUGGGCUGGAAUAUCAGGCUUCUUGCAGUAGUUGUUGCGGGAGUUUUGGGUGCCGGGCUAAUGUUCACCUUAGUCGCAUGGUGCAUACGAAUGCGGGGCCCGCUUUUUGUGUCCACAUUUAACCCGUUAAUGCUUGUGAUGGUGGCCAUUGCAGGGGUCUUAUUUUUGGAAGAGAAGCUUUACCUAGGAAUGGUAUUCGGUAGCAUUUUGAUCAUACUUGGACUGUACAUGGUACUGUGGGGAAAGGGAAAGGAAGUAAAAAGGGCACAACAGAUAAUACCAGAAAACAUUGACAACAACAAUCAUCAAGUUCAGGAGCUGUCUUCAGUAAUCAUUGAUAAUGACAGUAUUCAUAGAGUUAGCUACAGAAAGGAAAAGGGAGAGGAAGAAAUAGAAGAAAGGGGCCAACAAUCUCAACGGGGUUCUCAUGCUAGCUCCUCCGAGAUUUUAAGCAGUCUUUACAUUUACCCUUAG